AGAACGGAACGGAAGCGGGAGUAAAGAGCCGAUCCGCCAUUGUGGAAUAUGGUGAGGGAUAUUCCAGUAAGACACUAGUCACUUUCAGAUUGACUGAUACACAGCCUCGGUUCGGGCGGCAGGAUCGUUUACUUUUGACGCCUUCUCCGGUCGCCGUUUGUAAAACCGCCACAAGAAGAAGCAGCAGCGGCGGCGGCGGCGGCGGUAGAUCGUCGUCAGGUCUGACCACAGGCAGGGGGAGGAAAAAAAAUACACAGAUAUAUAUAAAAAAAAAAAAAGCAAAAAAAUAAAAAACCGCCGCCUUGUAACAGAGUGAUUGGACAAUCAGAGAGAGACGAGCCAGGAAAGCACCGAAGUGCAAAGAGAGGGAGAGAGAGAAAUAGAGAGAGAGAGAGCCGGGGGGGAAGCCGUGGACAGUCUCACAAACAGCGAUCAGUUUCGGCUCCUGGAGGAUGUCUGCGACCACAGUCGAUCAGAGACCUAAAGGACAAGGAAAUAAAGUGCAAAACGGAUCAAUGCAUCAAAAGGAUGGAGUAAAUGAUGAUGAUUUUGAGCCUUACCUAAGCGGCCAGACAAAUCAGAGUAACAGCUAUCCACCAAUGUCUGACCCCUACAUGCCCAGCUACUAUGCUCCAUCCAUUGGUUUCCCUUACUCUCUGGGAGAGGCUGCUUGGUCCACAGCAGGAGACCCGCCUAUGCCCUACCUGACUACCUAUGGACAGAUGAGCAAUGGCGAGCCGCACUUCAUCCCCGAUGGUGUUUUCAGCCAGCCAGGCGCCCUGGGAAACACCCCUCCCUUUCUCAGCCAACAUGGCUUCAACUUCUUUCCUGGUAAUGCAGACUUUUCCACCUGGGGUACCAGUGUCUCUCAGGGUCAGUCCACGCAGAGCUCGGUCUACAGUAACAGCUAUGGCUAUGCCCCUAGCUCGCUGGGUCGGGCCAUCACGGACGGACAGGCAGGCUUUGGAAGCGACACCCAGCUCAGUAAGGUCCCAGUGCUGAGCAGCAUUGAGCAGGGUAUGACGGGGCUAAAACUGGGUACAGACAUGGUGGCAGCUGUCACUAAAACCGUGGGCUCACCCUUAGGAGGCACAGCAGGUAUGAGCAGCAUGGCAGCCAAUAACCUCCCUCCGUCUGUCAGCUCGACCGCACCUAAACCUGCUUCCUGGGCAGCCAUUGCCAAGAAGCCGGCCAAGCCACAGCCCAAGGUCAAACCCAAAGCCAACAUGGGGAUGGGGGGAGGCGCCACCAUUCCUCCACCCCCCAUAAAGCACAAUAUGAACAUUGGUACUUGGGAUGAUAAGGGCUCUCUGAACAAGCCCCCCUUAGCUCAGACUAUGAUGCCCCCUCAGACCCUGGUGCAGCAGCCUCUCCUCGCUCAGCCCCAGCCUUUACUGCAGAACCCUUUACCCCCUCAGCCUCAACACCAGCCCCAGCACCAACACCAACAUCAACACCAACACCAACACCAACACCAGCCCUUCCAACUCCAGUCUCUCCAGUCCCCCCAACACCCCCAGCCUCUGCCCCCUGGCCCCCCACACCUGCACCUCUCUUCCCAACCUGGCCCCCCACAGCCCCUUCAUCAGCAACAACCCCAGCAGCCUGGACCGCCCCCCAACCGCUGGGUGGCUCCAAGAAAUCGCGGUGAGGGCUUUGGUCUGGGUGGCGGAGUCCCGCUGAGUGCCUCCCCUUGCUCCGGUGAAGUGCACCCAGUGCUGGAGAAACUCCGUGCCCUCAACAACUACAACCCCAAAGACUUCGACUGGAACUUGAAAAAUGGACGUGUUUUCAUUAUCAAGAGCUAUUCAGAAGAUGACAUCCACCGCUCAAUCAAGUACUCUAUCUGGUGCAGUACAGAACAUGGCAACAAGCGGCUGGAUGGUGCUUACCGCUCAAUGGGCAACAAGGGGCCCCUGUACCUGUUGUUCAGCGUCAACGGCAGUGGGCACUUCUGUGGCGUGGCCGAGAUGCGCUCACCGGUGGACUACAAUGCCUAUGCAGGCGUCUGGUCUCAGGACAAGUGGAAGGGCAAGUUUGAGGUGAAGUGGGUUUUCAUCAAAGACGUGCCCAACAACCAGCUGCGUCACAUCCGGCUGGAAAACAAUGACAACAAGCCAGUGACCAACUCCAGGGACACUCAGGAAGUGCCUCUGGAGAAGGCCAAACAAGUGCUUAAAGUUAUCGCCACUUACAAGCAUACCACCUCAAUCUUUGAUGACUUUGCACAUUAUGAGAAACGUCAGGAAGAGGAGGAGGCUCUGAGGAAGGAGCGCAGUAGAAAUAAACAGUAACCUUCAAGCAAGCUCUCUGCUAGAACUGCAACACUAAUGAUGUAGGACCUUAAAUAAAAUUUGCCUAACCACAAGGAGGAAAGGCUCUCACAAUCUUUCCGCUGAAGACGACAAUGUAUCUGAACACUUGAACAUGACAAUAGAUGGACUCAUCUGUAUCCGUUGACUGGUGCAUCAAACCCCGUGUUCCUGUCUCACGAGAAAAAGAACGUAACCUACUUUGAAAAACUCUUGUCUUUAAAGCACUUUCAGCCCUUCUAAACAGCCUCUACCAAUACCCUUAACUCUUUUUUUUCUUCUUCUUUGAUUUUGUUUGUGAGCAACUAACUGACUAACCAGAGUAGUCAGAAGAUUUCACUGAGCUUAUUUGUAAUUUUUUUAAUGCCUCAAAUGUUUGGGAUAUUGGUGAGCUUCAUCAACCCCCUCCCCUCCUCCCUCCCCCCUCCUGAAGAGAAUUAAAGGUGAUAUGUAUAAAUUAAUCUUGUACUUGAAUCUGUAUUCAGCCGUCUGAUCCUCCUCAAGACAGAGGCUGUGGGUGAUUGACAGGUGGGAUGAAAUAAUUGGGAAAACAGCCACAAUCAUGCCAAUCAUAGGAUGUAUCCUCCCUCUACCUGUUCCCUUCCUUUCUGCAUCUGUUUCUGUGUACCAAAAGAUUACAAUUAUGCAGCAGGCUGGCGAGCGCCGGCUAAUGCACAUCUUUGGGUUUUUUUUGUUUUUGUUUUUUUUCUUUCUCUCUCUUGUGAUUCUGUCAUUCUGAAGUGCAUUUGUCUGAGGAGAAACCUGCUGCUCUGGUAGAACUAGCGGAGGCCUCCAGUGGCCCCGCGGGUGACUGUCUUUGCCCUGAUGUUGAUGUAGUCUACCGUACCUCAGGCUCAAUCAAACUGUCUGUCCUCAACAACUCUUUGCACUUUUGGGAGAACCUCCGCAUCAACCCCACCUGCUCGACUUGACCGAGAUUCCCCCAAAAAGGCAGGACAUCAACUGCAAGGAUGUGACAGUUUUCUCCUCUAGGUAACUCACUACCUAAAUAAAAAUUACUCAUGUUUAGCGCAAAA